GCGAGCGACAGAAGUUGUGAGGCUCGUCAGGUCAUCCCUUCAGCAUACUUUGCAAGCAUUCCUACUAAGAUUGGCAAGCAGAGAUCCUGUAGCGAUGGUUUUGUAUAUCGAGCCUAUCUGAUUCGAUCUGACGUCCAUGUCUGGUCAUCGUAA